AUGGACGAGCCCCAUAACGUGUGUCGCACUGAACUGCAGCGCCUCCAGCCGACCGACUGUAUUGUCACCUCCCUGAGGAUCUGUCGGCUCCCGUGUGCCCCGUGGCCAGGGAAGCAGCGCCUGCCGUCGCCAACAGCCGUCGCGCCGCUCGCUGGAGUAGAGAGUUGCCCGGUCGAACCUAUACCCCGUCGUUGGACCUCCCCCCACGUCCAGAUCCACCGCCCCAUUGCCGGAUCUACCGUCGUCCGUCCCGCCGGCCACCGCCCCUCAUCCCCGGUCGCGCCUUGCCGUCGGUGCCCACGCCCCCGCUGCUUGCCAUCGCCGUCACCCUGCCUCCGCUCGGGAGCGUGCGAGGAGGAGGGCGACCGCCAGUUCCCAGCUCCCACAGAGCCUCGGCCCAGCUCCCGCAGCGCCCAGGCCCACCCAGUUCGUUUGCUCUCCGUCCGGCCUCCUCUCCUACUUGGCCAGACCCAGCAAGGUCCCCAAUCGUUGGAGCAAGCUAGCUUGCAAUCAUUGGAAUCGCAAGCUCCGCACACACCGAUCACCUCCGGCCACCGCAUGCGCUCCCGGCCGGCUGCAGGGAGGCGGCGAGCUGCAGUCGGCGAGCAGAAGGGCAGCAGCGGCUCCCCCCCAUGCCGGGACGAACAGAGGUAUAGCAGGCAGAGGAGUAGCGGCGGCGAGCUGCGGCCGGCGAGCAGAAGGGCAGCGGCGGCUCCGUCCCAUGUCGGGACGAGCAAAUGACGAGCAGGCAGAGGAGUGUCCUUCCUACAAAUAUGAUGAAUUGUGUUGCAAAGUUGCCUAAAAACAUAGUUUGUUAGUUUUCAAUAGAAUUUAUGCUUCAUACU